GCAUUGACACAAUCACAUUUUUCUCAACAAACACAUUCUCACAAGACUGACGUGUUCUAAAUAUUAUCAUCCGGGGACUUGCACAUGGUCAUGCGACGUCUUGAUAGAUACAGCAGGUCAACAAAUAUCCUAACGUCUCCAGUUUGUGGCAGGUGAACCAUGGUUCACAUUGAUAACUUCACUAAGAAGCAGAUACCAUGGCAACAGCCAGUGUUCUAGAGGAGACCAGGGAUGAUGUGUUGACCUGCCAGAUCUGCUUUGAGGCCUAUGUGUCCCCCAAAGCACUGCCUUGUCUCCAUACUUUCUGUCAGGGCUGCUUGGAGGACUACGCUCAGACACGGUUAGUGGAUGUUUAUGGCCAGUUUCCCUGCCCGACAUGCAGGCGAGAUAUUCAGAUAGGCAGUGGAGGUGUUGCCGCUCUGCCCGAUAAUUUCAUUCUUGGAAAAGUAAGAGAUUUACUCAAUAAACCAAGAAGGAGGUCCCAGGAAUGGCUGGAUGAGUGCAGUAUUUGUUCCUCUGUCAGUGAAGCCAGUACCUCUGCUGCCACCCACCACUGUUUUCAGUGUGACAAGAAGCUGUGUGACAGGUGUCAUCGUCUCCACAGACAGGUGUCUGUGACCAGGGACCACCACACAGAGGAGAUAGGCAAGACAGGGGAUAGCUUCUACUGUAAGCAGCACCCUAGGAGUCGUGUGGAGUAUUACUGUGGCAGCCACCAUAUCUGUAUCUGUGUGACGUGUACUAUGCAUCAGCACCAAUACUGUGAUGAUGUCAUACCUCUCCAGGUUGCCAUGGAGACCCGGGUCCACACACUGCUGCUGAUGGUCACUGAGGUAGAAGAAAGGAAGGGGAGACUAGAAAAUAAGAGAUCCCAUUAUAAAACUCUCCAGGAUAACAUUACAGUCAAGAUGGAGAAUCUUGACACCCAGAUUGACCAAGCAGCUACCCUGGUCACCCUGGCAUUGUCCCCUCUGGAGUCUAACCACAGUGCUGAGUGUCUUAGUUUAGCAGACUGUAUAGAGCAGCAGUUGAAGGAGUUCCUGGCUCAGGACACCAGUGGAGGUGUAGAGGGAGACUACAGUCUUCUGGGACAGCAGAUAUCAGUGAGGAGACAGGUCAGGGAGGAGGAGGAGGGGGAGGAGGAGGAGGAGGAGGAGGGAGAGCCAGGGGGAGAGGGGGAGGUGUUAGAGGAUACCUCUGUAGACUGCAGAGUACAACAUACAUUUCAUGUACCAGGAGGUAAGACUGACUGUUGUGGGUUACUUGUAGCUACCACCUCCCAGCAUAUAGCAAUCAGCCAACCAACCUCUGACCAUGUCUACAUCUUCACCAUGAAAGGUCACCUCACUGGCCAGUACGGCUGUCCCACCAGAGUAGGACUUUGUACUCAUGGUGAUAACUUUGUGUCUCUGUCAGUGUCAUCUCGUCUGCUUGGCCUUGGGAGGGUAUCCUGCACCUGUGUCCAGUAUGACCCCAGGGGUAGUGUCCAGUCUCAGACCCCUCUCUGCACUGGGUGGUUAGAUGGGAAGCCACAGGGGCUGAACAUUUACCAAAACCAGAUUUUUGUCACAUUUAAAAACAAAACUGUGAAAAUAUUUGACAUAGAUGGUAGAGCUGUUAAAUCCUUCUGUCCACUGGAUGCUGCAGAGUAUUUGGACCUUGCGUACUUUGCAGUCGGUGGUGAGUUCAUGUAUGUAUUGGAUGCAAAUAACCAGUGUGUUAUCAAGUGCAAUCAUGAUGGAGAGAUGGUGAAGAAAUUCUCUAUGUUGGCCAGCUGGAUGCAGCAUACCGCCAGGCUUGGUGGGCUGUGUAUGGAUAAUAGAGGAGAGAAGAUUAUCCUUACAGACAGCUCCAAUAGUCAGCUGUUUGUCCUGGAUGGGUGUGACACUCAGCAGCCAAGACAGUUCUUAGGCAUUGCUGACGGAAUAUACAGGCCUCGUGAUGUUACUCUGACACCAGGUGGAGCUUUAGUCGUGGCCCAGGAGCAUCCUCGUGGUCCGCAAGUUGUAGUGAUACACGAUGUCCAGACAGUUUUACAGAAAUGGUUUGGGGAGCAGGAAGGUCCACCCCCAGGUGUCCAAGCCAGGUGUAACAUACAGUAA